ACCAGCAGUCGCUCCAGCCCUGCCGAAGUUUCACUUUUUGUCUGUGGGUUCGCUCCCGGGCCCCGCGCGAGCUUUCCCGGGAUAAGUAGCUUUAGCGAGCAGGGGGACAGCCGGGCGCUGCAAGAAAUUGAAGAGAAUCCUGAUGACUAGCGUGUUGGGAGAGGACUGAAGGAAGCCAGACCAGUUGCUGCACUCUAGAUCUUCUCGGGUGCCCUCUGGCUCCCAGGUGACCUGCAGCAGGACCUCUGCUAUUUUCCUAGGAGAGCUGAGGAUGAACACUGGGGGACUGGCAUUCUCUUUCUCCACCAUUCUGAGACAAAUUAGUGAAAUACAAGUGCCAGGAGCUUAGGAGGAAUAGAGUUUUCCAUAGGUGGGAUCACUGAGGCUCAGCAACAGAACUGAAGACAGAAUCCACUCACCUGAUUCUAAGUUUAGGGCUUUUCCUAAACUGAACACUUAUUGGAGGGAAGGAAUUUCUUCUUCAAUUGACUAGUGUUGAAGUUUGCUGAAGCUUGUGUCCACUGACCAUCCUACGAGGUUCCAACAAUGUCUCACCCAUCUUGGCUGCCACCGAAAAGUACUGGUGAGCCCCUAGGCCAUGUGCCUGCAAGGAUGGAGACCACACAUUCCUUUGGGACCCCCAGCAUUUCAGUGUCUACACAACAGCCACCCAAAAAGUUUGCACCAGUAGUUGCUCCAAAGCCCAAGUACAACCCAUACAAGCAACCUGGAGGUGAAGGUGAUUUUCUUCCACCCCCACCUCCACCUCUAGAUGAUCCUGGUACUCUUCCAUCUGUCUCUGGAAACUUCCCUCCUCCACCACCCCUAGAUGAAGGUUCUUUCAGGGCACAGGGAAAUCCGGGAGGCAAGACCAUUGAGGAGAGACGCUCCAGCCUGGAUGCUGAGAUUGACUCACUGACUAGCAUCUUGGCUGACCUUGAGUGCAGCUCCCCCUACAAACCUCGGCCCCCACAGGGCUCUGCCAGUGCAACAGCCUCUCCUCCAGUCUCCACCCCUGUCACGGGACACAAGAGAAUGGUUAUACCAAACCAACCCCCUCUAACAGCAACCAAAAAGUCUACAUUGAAACCACAGCCUGCACCUCAGGCUGGUCCCAUUCCUGUGGCUCCAAUAGGGACACUAAAACCCCAGCCUCAGCCAGUCCCAGCCUCCUACACUACAGCAUCCACCCCUUCAAGGCCUACCUUCAACGUGCAGGUGAAGUCAGCCCAGCCCAGCUCACAUUACAUGGCUGCCCCUUCACCAGGACAAUUUUACAGCCCAGGGUCAGGGCACCAGGGCUAUAACAUUCAACCAGUUCCUGUUUCUGGUCAAGGUCCACCUCCUCCAACACGGGGAGGCAUGGAUUAUGCAUAUAACCCACCCCCAGGCCUCCAACCUGAGCCUGGGUAUGGAUAUGGCCCUAACCAAGGUCGCUAUUAUGAAGCCUAUAGCCCAGCAGGGCCUGUGUAUGGAGGCAAAAAUGACUCUGAUCCUGCCUAUGGUCAACAAGGUCACCCCAAUACCUGGAAACGGGAACAAGGGUACACUCCCUCUGGGACAGGAAACCAGCACCCUACUGGCAUGUAUCCAGUUGCCGGUCCCAAGAAGACCUAUAUCACAGAUCCUGUUCCAGCCCCCUGUGCACCACCACUGCAGCCAAAGAGUGGGCAAAUGGGAUCAAAGGGGCCUCCAGCUAGUCCACCCUCAUUCCGCCCUGAAGAUGAACUAGAGCACCUGACCAAGAAGAUGCUGUAUGACAUGGAAAAUCCACCUGCCGACGAAUACUUUGGCCGCUGUGCUCGCUGUGGGGAAAAUGUCAUUGGGGAAGGGACAGGAUGCACUGCCAUGGACCAGGUCUUCCAUGUGGAUUGUUUCACGUGCAUCAUCUGCAACAACAAGCUCCGAGGGCAGCCCUUCUACGCCAUGGAGAAGAAAGCCUACUGUGAGCCCUGCUACAUUAAUACCCUGGAGCAGUGCAGUGUGUGCUCCAAGCCCAUCUUGGAGCGGAUUCUCCGAGCCACCGGGAAGGCCUACCAUCCUCACUGCUUCACCUGUGUGAUGUGCCACCGUAGCCUGGAUGGGAUCCCAUUCACCGUGGAUGCUGGCGGCCUCAUCCACUGCAUUGAGGACUUCCACAAGAAAUUUGCCCCUCGAUGUUCUGUAUGCAAGGAGCCUAUCAUGCCAGCCCCCGGCCAGGAGGAGACUGUCCGAAUUGUGGCUCUGGAUCGUGAUUUCCAUGUUCACUGCUACCGGUGUGAGGAUUGUGGUGGCCUCCUGUCUGAAGGAGAUAACCAAGGCUGCUACCCUUUGGAUGGACACAUCCUCUGCAAGACCUGCAACUCUGCCCGCAUCAGAGUGUUGACCGCCAAGGCCAGCACCGACCUUUAAGUUCAGUGGCCUGUUCAUCUGGUUAGUUGGUGGUACUGAGAAGAAUAAAACACCAAAAAAAGAAGAAGAAGAAGAAGAAGAAGAAUACUAAGAAAAGCAAUAGGAAAAUAGAAGAAAGGCAUUCAAGCUAUAGGAUGGUCUCUGUUCUUCAUGUAGUAGGAACCUUUCUGUAGAAACACAUAGAUUGUAAGAUUUUUUUUUUAAACGUUCUUACCAACUACACAUUUCACAUUUAGUUAUGUAGGACCUUGAUGGGCCUUUGUUCCCAAGGACUUCCACAUUUUUGCACGGAUUAUGCUCCAUCCCAUUCACUUCUGCAUUCCUGUACACUUUAAUCCCUCUGUUUGUCUCACUUUUCAUCUGGUUGAAUGGCUUUUUUUAGUGUGGUAUUUGCUGUCACACAGAUUUUCCUGGGUGAGUCUGCCCACUCACAGGUGCUUUUAGGCUUGAAGUCUCUCCAUCCUAUCAUGUCCACGUUGCCUCUGAUCAUAAAUGAUAGUUGUUCUCUUUGUGUAUCGAAAAUCAUAUCUUUCUGUUGCUCUAAACGGUCAUGUCCCUUGGCAGGGGAGGGAGGGAAAUAUACAACUUAUAUGUUAGACUAUAAAGAAUUUAAGCUGUAAAUUAGAUAGGUUAAAAGAAGCCCACAUUUGUAACCAUCCAAAUCCAAAUCUAUAGUGACCAGUUGUCAGGGCUGAUUUGAAAACCGGUAUUAGUAAAAGAGGUCCAAACUUCAAUGUUUUUCUAAAGAAAUUACAGGUAGAAUAUGCUGGAAAAAAACAUUUGGGGUUAAGUUUGAAAAGCCCAUUAUUAUCCCACAAUAUCAUCUGAAGAUUCCCCUUUGCCGCCUAGACACAUUACAGACAAACUUGUUUGUCUCUAGAAUAUAACAUUUUCUGUACUGUCCUACUUUUCAUAUCAGAAAUCUUGAUUUUUUUUCUAAUAUUCAAACAUGACAACCAAAAUUGAUUUUUUUCUCUAGUGAAAGAUAGCUUUAAAGAGCUGUUCAGUUCCCUGCUCCCCAGGCCCAGGUCCUUUUGCCUGGUAAUUGCUAAUCAGGGCACACAAAAUAAAAUUGUGUAGUUUUGUCUAGUUUACUUUAAAAAGACAGGAAAACUUGAAGAGUGUGAAACCACAGUUUCAUUAUUCUCUUAAUCCUUCUGCAACUGAAAUUACAUAUCAUAGGAGACUUUUGAUGUGACAUUUCACCACACUUUCAAAGACAAUCACUGAAAAAACAUAGUUGCCUUUCUGUGCUAAAAAUAUGCAGAGUCUCUGCCUGGAAUCUUUAUUCAAACUCUGCCGGGCAGGAAAUGCUUGCUUGCCGACUGUGGAACCAUACUUCAUUAGGUUCUAACUUGUUUCUUUCAUGAAGAGAUACCUAUCUUAAUAACGGCAGGUUGCAGUCUUUAAAACUGAUUAAUAUUUUGGAUUGAGAUUUCUUAAACCUUUCUUCAAAUCUUCCACAAGUAUAUACUUUUAAAUUAUGAAGUAUUUUAAAUAUACACAAAAGUAUAAAUAAUAAUAUAAUGAGUCCCUGUAUAUGUAACACCCAGUUUAAGAAAUCAAAUAUAACAAAUAUAGUUACAUUCCCCUGUGUACCCUUCCCUGAUUCCACAAAUAGAUUUUUCAUGAUUUUAAAGUAAUAGAGUCAGUUUUUUUUUUUUGUUUUUUUUUUUUAAUUUUUUUUUUUUUAAA